UUCAGUUCGGUGUGCCGAGUUGACAGGAUCUUCCGGAGCUUUCUGGCGCUUUGUGUGACUAAAAAAAAACAUAUCAUCAUCAUCACCAUCCUACACAGAGGAGUUGCGAAUACGCUCAACUCACAUAUCAUAAUCGGUGCAUCCUAGCGAGCUAAAUCUGUGACGAGUAAGGAAAGCAACGCAAAACCCAAGCAAAAAGAAAAAGUUGCUCGAAGUUAUGUGCUCCGUGUGCUUGGCGAAAUUGAAUUAUAACUUGAAAUAGUAUUAAUUGUGUCAAACAAAGAACCAAGUACAAGCGGAGAACAGAGAAACAAAAAGUGAAUCAGUGAACACAAGUGCAAGAGCUUCAAAAGUUGCUGGAGGACAGAAAGAAAAAGCUGCAGUAAGGCGCACCAGGCAAAAGUGGCAUAAAGUUCGUGAAUAUUUCAUCGCCCAUCCCACGGUCCAACUCCGGCAGUUGCAAAAUUCAACACUCACACACAUAUCUACUCACUUUGCUGGUCCCCCGGAGGAAAAGUGGAAAAUUUUAAAUGUUUGUUAAAAAUUCAUUGCUACAGAUCAUAGCUACACUACUUGUGGCUGUUCACAACAGUGGCGUGAUAUCCGGAACGUUUAUGAAUAAUGGCGCCGUGCGCUGUGGCACUUCCGUCUGCCGGCCCGUUUCCGCCAUCUACACCAAGAGCCAGCAGACGAGCGGCUACGUCCAUGUGGCCACCAUCCCGGCGGGAGUGUACAACAUCACCGUGACCGAGCUGCAGAACAGCCAGAACUAUCUCGUGCUCAAAACUGCCGACCACCAGCGGUUCAUCAUCAACGGUGACUUCACCAUAUCGUUGAGUGGUUUCUACCUGGGUGCAGGAACUACCUUCGAGUACCGCCGGGUGGAUGGCCUCAACAAUGGCACCGUCAGCAGUUUUCGCAAGAUCGAAGGUGUCACCGAGUGGGUUACUGCUCCAGGUCCGACCAACGAAGCCGUCGAGCUGUAUGUUCUCUCCCAGCAGCCGAACCCCGGUAUCAAGUACGAAUAUCUCAUGCCGAUCAAUACAAACCCGAACUUGGAGCAGGAAUCUAGCGAGGACAACCGAGUUGAUGUAGCCUUAUCCAACGACAUAACGGAAAAGGCCAGCUUCCGUGUACCGAAGCAACGAACAAUCUUGAAUAAUACUCUGCCAUCGAGUACAUCGAAGCCGCUCCGCAAGCGGAAGUUCCUUUGGAAGGUGGUUGGUUUCAGUGCUUGUAGCAAGUCCUGCGGAGGAGGGAUUCAGCAACCGAUCAUCAAGUGCGUCCGUGAGGCACCUACUCGAGUAUUUUCACCGAAGCGUUGCGCUCAUCUAGCCCAACCGGUUUUGAACGAACAUCUACUACGGUGCAAUACGCAACCAUGUCCGGCGUACUGGAAACUAUCCGAAUGGAGUGAAUGUGAUUGCGAGCACAUGACCACGGACAACGAGGCUUACAAAACCAGAGAAGUCAAAUGCGUCCAGGAGCUGAUUUCCGGUAUUGUGAUUCAGGUCAACAGUGGAGCUUGUAUGGAAGAGCAACCACCAGCUAACGAGAAAUGUGACUGCACGAAACAUUCGAAGCCACCGCAAAUGGAAGCUCAUCAGCGAAAGCCUACCGUGGUAAAUCAUCAUCAUCAUCACCAUAAUAAUCACCAUAACGGACACAAUACCCAAAAUGAUAUGCAAAUCACUAACGGAUAUGGACGUACCAGUUUGGACGCUAGCAGAAUCAACCAACAGGUGGAAGCGAAGAAGACGGGAGUUUGGAUAACUGCCGAUUGGAGUGAACGCUGCUCGGCAACUUGUGGAGUAGGACUGCAAACCAGGUCAAUAUUCUGCGACCGAAGUGCAUCAACGAAUGCCGAACGAUGUGAUCUACGGUUCACUCCUGAUACGACCAGGGAGUGUACCAGUAAUCGAGCUUGCGAAUACGGCGAAUGGUUCGCCGGACCUUGGGGAUUGUGUUCCGGUGACUGUUUCAACCUGACCAGAUCAAGAACAGUACUGUGCAUCCGAAAUGACAACUUUGCCACCGAUUCUGAAUGUAACGAUAACGAGCGACCCGUGUCGAUGGAAACCUGCGACACUGAAGCGAUUGAUGAUUGCAAACCAAGAUGGCAUUACUCGGAGUGGAGCGAGUGCACCAAAACAUGCGACAGUGGAAAUCAGCGCAGAGUGGUCAAGUGUCUCGAGUUCAACCUACGUGAUAAGGUCAUGCAGGAGUCAGCCAGUUGUCGCUAUGCAGACCGUCCUAUGGCAUACCGAGUUUGUAACGAAGAGCCCUGCCCUUCGACGACGACCUCCAGCACAACUAUGGCGGCCUCUAUGGAGUCCUAUGUUGAACCUCGAGUUGACAUGAUACAGAACGACGGCACUUGUCGGGACGACUUCCCGAACUGUAGCAUAGUUCUCAAAGCGAAACUGUGCAGCUAUGCGUACUACAGCCAGGCUUGCUGCCAGACGUGCCGAAAUCGAUCAAACGAGCUGUAUUAGUUGGAUUCUAGCACCAAGUCCGGUAGCCAAGCAGAGUGAAUACUUAGUGAAUUUAGGAGUUUAGUUUGAGUUUAAGUUAUUUUUCUUAGCUGGUAGGAAAUCACCUGUUUUGUGAACAAGUAUCUUAUUUAACGUUUAUUGUUCGCACAAUUACCGUUCCGUUUAAACUUCUUCCAGAAUCUGGUACAAUAAUCAAAACUACUCUCAACUACUUUUUGUACAACAGAGCAUAUGCAGAUUUAAUUUAGUUUGCGUUGGAGAGAAUAUUUAUCUAUACAUGUAGACGCUAGGCAAAACUAAGUUUAGGAAAUCGAAAUGACUGUGAAGAGUUCAAGCAAAAAUGUCACGUUUUGAAUUCACGUGAAUUCAAAGUAUCAAAGUACAUAAAAUCGAAGAUUCAAUCUUUUCAUGUUUUCUCCCCCACAUAACUUCCCACGACACAAAACUGUAAAUGUUAUAAGAAAAAGAGCAGAAUCCCAGCCGGUUCACACAAGGAUGUCAUUAUCUCUGCCAUGUUCGAACCCUAGCGGGUAAUGUAUUGACCGACCGAGGAUGGAGGAAGCUGAAAAAACGAACAUAAAUCUCACCGUAGAGUGUAAGUGCCAUUUUACAAUGUGUACCAUUUUAAGAUUACUAGAAAAGGGAAGUAAAUUCGAUUCUCUCGUUGUACAAUUUCAAGGCAGACUAAUAGUAGAUGUUGAGGAACAUAACCCUUCCACACCACGGGAUGAGGAGCAUACAGAUCGAACAUUGGAACUAACUAAAUUUAAUGGAGUAUCCACCCCCCCCGCCCCCCCCUCCUCACAAAGAGUGUGUACUAAUGUCGUUUGUUAGUGAAGAGAUACAUCAAACGUAGUUUGUUCAGAGAAGAGAGAACCUGUUGUUUUAAGAGGAUAAAAUCGCUAAGGCAAUUAGAUUGAUCAGAACGUUUACAUAAAUCACUUGAAUCAA